AUGGAGCUCGCUCCACGGAAGCUCCUGCAGGCCUUACUGCCGUUGACGGCCCUACUCUGCUUCCUGUUUCCGCUCUCCGGCGCCGCCGAGGCGGUCCAGUACUGCAAGUUCGGGAACUCGACGAACGACAAAGAUGGCGUGAACUUUUGUGUCGGCCUGUCACUCUAUCGAAACGCCUCCACGGACGCGCACAAUGCCUACAUCACGCUGACGCACACGCGGCCGCUGCACUCCGCCGUCGGGUGGACGGCCGUCGGCAUCGGCCGAGCAAUGAGGGGAGCUUUGAUGUUCAUCAUUUACGGCGACCCGGAGUCGGGUGAGCAGCCUGCUGUGAGCAUACGCACGGCCACGGGCCACUCUCAUCCCACCAUGGUGGUGAGAGAUCGGAUGAAUGGCGGGGAUUUGGAAGUCGUGCGCGCCGAAUGGCAUACCGAUAAGACGCAAGGGGGGACCGCGACAGCAAUCGUGUCACUCGUCUGCUAUUCUUGCACCCUGUGGCCGGACGAGUCCAUUUCCGCAUCGACAACCUCGCAGCCAUGGAUCUGGGCAUGGAACAAGGCCCAGGAGUUUGCGACUUUCACGGACAACGAGCACCUCGCCAUGCAUGAGCCUCGGCCUGAUAGCGGUGGCUGGGGGCGUUUCUAUGUCGACAUGGCACAAGCUGAGACUUCGGGACCGGAGGCGCCGUCACUGCCAGCCAUCAGCCCUGGAGUCGCUGCGAUUGGCACUUACGAGAGCCCCAAGGAUUCUUCGAAAGGCAAACAAAAGCCCAUGUCAUUCCAUGUCAUUGUCAUGCGCCUUCAUGGCUUGCUCAUGAUGAUCGCGUUCCUGUUGCUCUUACCACUGGGAGUCUUUGCGAUUCGGUCAGGGUCGCCGCGGUCGUUCAAAUACCACUGGGUUAUCCAGGUCACGGCCUCAACAGCCAUGGCAGGUGGUUUGGCUGCGGGCCUGCGGAUGCAUCCGGAGAUCAGCACGGUCCAUCAAGUUGUCGGGGUAUCCCUUGCCGGCAUAGUCCUGGUGCAGAUCUAUCUCGGGUGGAGGCACCACGUGGACUUCGUUCGGAUCCGACGGCGAACAUGGAUCUCAUAUGCUCAUCUCUGGGCCGGUCGACUCUUCAUGAUCGGCGGCUCUGUCAACGUUCUCCUGGGUCUUGCUCUAAGCGGAUACUCGCGGUUGUGGAUGGCGAUUAUUGCGGCUUAUAUUGUCAUCGGAGGCGUGACGUUGGCUUUGUGGGUUCGUCGUCGCAAUAGCAUCAUUGCAAAGUCCAAAGCUGUGGCGCAAGGCGAGGAGGAGGAGCAAUUGGUUCCCCUCCAGAACGAGGAGUAUUUUGUCGUCGCUGAGGAAGGAGACGAUGAGUCCGUGGAUGUCCGAAACUCGACGGAAAAGGACAAAUAG